UGAAAAUAAAACACGAAUUUGAAGUCUUCAUUAUUCACUAGGAAACAAAGCUCAACAAAUGCCAUUUAAGCAUUAUAAUUGCUAAAUAAAUUGCUAUUAACGAGAAACAAUCUUUCAUUUCUCAGGAGAACAAAAAAAGGCCUUCCUUCAGCCCUCCAACAAAUUGUUGUAAACAAGAAAUCUAACGAGAUUAAUAAUAACUAUCAUGCAUCUAUAUAUAGCUGGUCCCAUCUCACAAAAAAAUACGUAACACUCGGCCGGCCCAAUAAGAACAUAUAAAAUAGUCAUGCUUCGGCAACUAAUAUGGACCUACUGUACCAGGCUCAGCUGUAACUUACGCCUGCAAAGUUCUUUGGAUCCAAAAAAGGCAGAUAAAGGAAAGUCUAAAGUCCACAACACACAGGUUCAUAUUUUAGGGUUUGAGAUUAGAAGAAGCUAAUAGACCAAGCCCCCAUGGUUUCCUGUAAAACCAAGUGAAGAGCUACAAUAAACCUAAUCUGACUGCUAUUGAAAAGGAAAUUAGUUUCAUAUCAUCAACUAAAACUUGGCAGUUUUAGUAUUAUUUGUCGAUUCAGUUGUUUUCUCUCAAAAGCUCACCACACCUUACUCGAAUUUACACAAACCACCUCAAAAGAUUGCACACGGUUUUAACACCAAACCACCAGCAACUCAAGCUAACGCUAUGGGACCCCGCAGAACCACGUCCUUAUCCCUUUUUAUGUCACUCGCUCCCCAAACUUAUUUAUAGACACUCAAUCUAAUGAUCUCUAUUGAACGCACAACACUUAAAACACCGAUCUCAUCGUUGAUUUUUCGAUCACAGAGAAAAAAAAAGCGUAAAUAAUGGCAAUGAUUAGCGAAUGUCACUCACCGUCAUCCCUAAAAGACAAGCUGAAGUCAUCGAUUUAUUGUUUCCGAGUGAAUCCACACGAGCUUCUUGAGAACGAUGAAGACAGGCAACAGACGACGGGGAGAACUCUACAGUCUGGAGAUCAAGAAUUGGAUAUCAGAGAUAGGUUGCGAGGACUGAUUAAUGGAUGGAAGAACAAGAGGCGGUUCAACUCCUCCGAUUUCCGCUACGAUCCGACGAGUUACGCGCUCAACUUCGAGGACGAGAGCCGCGUCGACGAACUGCCUUCGGCAAAUUUCUCGUCGAGAUACCGAUGACACCGGACAGCGUGCCCGUGAAGGAUCGUGUAGAGAACGCUGCUGUCGAGAAGGGGGGAGUUCCGUGGAGCUGAACUUGAAAAAUUAUAAUAGGUUUUGGUUAAAAUGAAAAAUUAGGGCUUGGUUUUAGUACUCACCGAGGCUCGGCGCGGUAUAUAUCAGGAUUUGGGAUACGAGCGGAGGGAACAAAUUAGUAGUCUGUGCUCUGUAAUCGUUCAUUUAAUUAAUAUAUGAAAAUUGCAAAGCAUUGGUUUUA